GAGAGAGAGAGAGAGAGAGAGAGAGAGAGAGAGAGAGAGAGAGAGAGAGAGAGAGAGAGAGAGAGAGAGAGAGAGAGAGAGAGAGGAAGGAGUCUCCGCGCUGCAGGGCUGAGUGGAGAGAGUGUGAAUUGUGAGUGGGUGGCAAAAUGUGUCCCUGCAUACUGCAUCCGUCGGAGGGCGAGUCAGUUCUGGGACAUCUAGGGGACAGAAGGCUUUGGAGGACCAACAGAUCACAAGGAAAAUCGUACGGUGGGGAUGUAUGUGGACCAACGGCGAGGAUGACUGCGGGGGAAUCAAUCGGUUAUGGCUGGAGUUUGCAGUGCCCUUCGCGCAGGAGCUCUUCUUCCUCAUCGGCUAUGGCGUCUGUUCUCCUUCAGUUGAUUCUACUUGUCAGAAUGUCAGGAUAUGCCUCUGGAAAUGCAGGCACAUUUCUGCAGAUGGGAGAUGCGGCUAUAUCGAGAGGAGAUUUGAAGGCGGCUAUUGACCACUACUCGUCAUUUAUAAAGGCAGACCCGGGUGCUACGGUAGGAUACACCAAGAGAGCAGCGGUGUAUCUUCAACAGCGGCAGAUGUUGGACGCUCUCAAGGACUUCAACAGGGCUGUUGAGCUUGACCCUACCUUAUUCCAAGGAUUCCUUCAGCGUGGAAAGGUGUAUAGACAGCUGUGUAGGUUUGACGAAGCAGAGUCGGAUUUCGACACAUCGCUGAGCCUUCGACCUGGGCAUGCGGGAGCAGCACAAGAGAAAGAGGUGACGAAAGGCAUUCACAAGUCGAUGGAGGAGGUGGACUCGUUGCUGGACAUGGGGGAAACAGCGAAAGCAAAGGAGAAGGUGAUGAGCGUGCUGCACCACGCGUCCGACUGCCGGCAGGUGCGAAUGCUGAAGGGCAGAGUUCUUUUGGCAUCAAGAGAGUAUGCAGAGGUGGUCGCAGAAGUCGGCCGCGUGUUGAAGGGCAACGACAACGAUCUUGAUGCGCUCCUCCUGCGCGGCAAAGCCUACUUCCUCCUUGGCAACCAUGAUAUCGCAAUUCGGCAUUUUCAGAACGGUCUGAGGCUGGAUCCCGAACACGCGCAACUAAAGAAAGAGUAUAGAAAGGUCAAGCUCCUUGAGAAGACAACAACGCAGGCGAACGAGCACUUCGAGGCCGGCAAGUACAGGCUGGCUAUCGAGGGUUACCUUGCUGCUCUGGAAGUCGAGAAAACACACGAUGUGCAUAACGUCAAACUUCAUCUGGGUCUCUGUAAAGCUUACGUCAAACUCAGCAAAGGCAAGGAGGCGAUGCCUCACUGCGCAAGAGCACUUGAAAUCGAUCCUCAAUUGAUCGAAGCAUUGGUGCAGAGAGGAGAGGCCCGCUUGCUAAUGGAGGAUUACGAGGACGCUGUGAAGGAUUUCCAGGAAGCUCUGGAGAAGAACCCCCAGGAUCAGCAGGCACGGCAAGGGCUUCACAGAGCGGAGAAGGCGGUGAAGAUAAGCCAGCGAAAGGAUUGGUACAAGGUCCUUGGAGUCACGUCGACUGCGUCCGCGGCGGAGAUCAAGCGUGCGUAUAAGAAGCUUGCCCUCCAGUGGCAUCCCGACAAGAAUGUCGGGAACGAGGAGGAAGCAAACAAGAAAUUCCGGGAGGUGGCAGAAGCCUAUGAGAUCCUGGGCGACGAGGAGAAGCGCACAAAAUAUGACCGGGGCGAGGACGUGGAGGAAAUGAUGCAGGGCGGCGGGCCUGGUUUUGGCGAUUUCUCAGGACAGCAUUUCACCUUUCAUUUCGAGGGCUUUCCAGGGGGAGGAUUUCAUUUUGGGGGUUAAGUCCCAAGACCCAUGUGCCUUUGGUUCUUCUGGAGGAUGGCUCACAGAGUGUUGGUGGUAGAAGCGGGAGGAGCUGGUAGACGCGGGAGAGGUUGUAGACGAGGGAGGAGUAAGGUGGAUAUGCAAGUUGUGGGAAGUUAGUUGCGUUUCUCUUUUUUUUUUUUGGGUCCCUGAUCUCUGUCCCUCUCCGGCUCGGCAUCAACGAUGGC